AGUGAAGUAGGGGAAGUGAUGGGGCUCUUCGCUUCGUAGAGCCAUAUAUCCAAUGUGAAGUCAGCUGGCCAGCAAACUAGUUAACUUAGCAACUAUAUAGAUAGUAACAGACAUUUUAACAUGGCUUUAAACGUCUGCUGUCGAUUGACAAAUUGUGGUCUACUCGUUUUAAAACACAGAAGUGGCGUUUCCAUUGCCGUCACUGCAAGAAAGCUUAUAUCGGAGCCAGUGGGGGCACACUUACGAUGUUUACAAUACACCCAUACCAAUCCGUGGACAGGAGCUUCAUUACGAAGCCUCUGCUCUGCCAACCAGCCUGCAGUAGCUGUUACUUACGAGGAGUUGAAAAAGUUGCUGGUAGGCCGAUCAGCUGUAGUUAUAGACGUACGAGAGCCUUGGGAACUCCGAGAAUACGGCACCAUCCCUGGAUCUAUUAACGUCCCACUGGCCCAAGUGAAUAGUGCUCUCCAGUUGAAACCAGAAGAGUUUAAGGAGAAGUACGGGGGAGUUAAGCCAUUAGCUACUGCAAACGUUGUCUUCACUUGUCUGGCAGGAUUAAGGAGCGUUAAAGCUUUGGAAGCUGCUGUGUCUUUAGGAUACUCCAACGCCCAGCACUACCCAGGAGGAUGGCAAGACUGGGCAAAACAUGAAAUACUGCAGACCAAAGAAUGGCCUCCUCACAGUGGCAAAAAAUAACUACCAGUUUCUUUUGUACGUUGAGUUGCUGCCCCUCAGCGGUUUGCUAAUGGCCAAUGACGAAAUACAUGGAAAUUAAGGGGAUCGAACCAGUGCUACUGAUUUGUAUUUUCUUUUGCAAGCUGGAAUAAUUUCUGGUGUUGGUAUUGUAAUGUUAAUGUAUCUUAACUGGCCAAACAAGGAAAGAAUAAAGGCCAUGCUCAGGAUCAAACAGUGCUUUCAUUACCUGCAGUGUGGUACAAGGAGCCAUGUCAAGUCUGGUUUGAUCUGAGGUGUGAGAAGUAGUCAGCUGAGUACCUGAGCUUGCCUAAAGAACUGGUAGACUACAGUGGUCACCAUGAAAAGUGAGGUUACUUUAAAGUUGCCAUCUGUCCUCUUGCAUCGGCCAGGCCGUUCUCCUGUAGUGGAGACAGCGAUCACCAAUGAAGUUUAUUUGCUUAGGAGCACGGCCACAAAGUUGUCAGUUUUGGUUCCCCCUUUUCAUGUCUGUCUGUAGAGUCUAGUUGACAUAGUGCUCCUAUUUUCAUUUCCUGAAUGAAAGUUAUAUCAAACUUUUUAUGACUGUAUUGGAAAUAUAGUUUUUCAUCUGUAUUACAGCAUUGUACUCUACUCCAACAAACAAGUACAACAAUCACUGGAAGUGUAUUAAGCAUUAAUUUUGGUAACAGAAAUGCUGUUUUCCUUGGUAGUGCUAUAUUUAUCCCAGACUCCUGUUUUGGAACAGUUCCUAGAACUUAAGAAGUUACAUGCAAUCCACUGUUGCAAUCUCCAGCAAAAUCCCAACUGCACUGAAAAAAAUCUCUUAUGGGCUAAAUUACUACAGGUAUCUAAUGUUGAGACUGGAAUUUGUAAAGGUCUAUAAUUAGCAUUUACUUCAAAAGAAUAGCUUGAUAUUAUUACUGAUGUUUGAAUAUUAAUAUAAUAUUCUUGCUCUUAUGUUGCUUUUCUUUUCAAGCAUGUGAUUAGAUUCCAAUAAUGAUAAAAAAAAAGGAAAUGAUGUAUAAAGUCACACAUAAUUUCAGGCUAUCAUAUAAUGCAUAUAUUAUCUAACAGUGAUUGAGAAAUGUAAUUUAUGUAAAUGAAACUUAAAAAUUAAUAAUGUUGAGUAUUUUUCUUGUAUAAAAUUGAAUGGCUAUACAUCUCACAUUUACGUCAAUGUUAAAGCGUAUGCUAAUUGUGAUUGAGAAGGUUAUUAACCUUAUCAAGACCAAACAAAUAUAAUAAAAAUAGCAUUUUAACUGUA